GCGCGGGGCCUGCCUGUGUGCCGGGGCGGCCGGCGGGCGCGCGCCGAAGGGGAGUUCAAGGAGACGGGGGCGCGGGCUAGCGCCAUGCCGGGCUCGCUGGAGGUGCCCUCGCUGGAGGAGCUCGAUGUGCAGGAGGUGAGCGUCAGCACCUCGGUGCUGAAAGCUGCAGCCCAUCACUAUGGCUCGCAGUGUGACAAGCCCAACAAGGAGUUCAUGCUGUGCCGCUGGGAGGAGAAGGACCCCCGGAAAUGCUUAAAGGAAGGGAAGCAAGUCAAUCAAUGUGCACUAGAGUUUUUCAGGAAGAUUAAGGCACACUGUGCAGAACCUUUUACUGAAUACUGGACUUGUAUUGAUUAUACCAACCUUCAAGAGCUUCGUCGUUGCCGAAAACAGCAGCUGGCAUUUGAUAAUUGUGUGCUGGAGAACUUGGGCUGGGUGAGACCUGAUCUGGGAGAGCUGUCUAAGGUCACAAAAGUGCAGACAGACCGACCUAUCCCUGAGAAUGUCUAUCAUUCCAGACCAAGACCAGAGCCAAAUCCGCCCAUUGAAGGAGAUUUGAAGCCUGCUAAAUAUGGCAGCAGGCUUUUUUUCUGGAACUGGUAAAAUGGACCGACAACUCUGUAAAGAUCCAAGGGAAGAAGAAGGGAAAUGAAGUGACUAAAUCAACAGGAAUUCAGCAGAGCUUUCCUGGCCCGCCAUGAGGACAGAGGAGUGUCUAGGCUCGCCAGCCUUCGUAUACCGUGGGGCGUGAGCAGUGCCUCCUUAACUAUUCUGCUUUGAAAACGUGGUAGAAAAAGUAUUAGGGCAAAAUUUGAGCAUCAUCUUUUGGCCAACUAUAUUGUUGGCCAGUUUGGAGCUGACUUUCAAGAUGGCCCUAUUUUAAAACCGGCAGUUAGCAAGUUCGAUCAACUUCAGGUCCGUGGUUCAUCUCUUAAAUGAAAAGACUAAACCUUGUCCAUCUCCAUCCUCCAGUACUGUUGGUAUUCAGAAACUGUUGUGCAAGAAUUGUUCUGGUUAAAAAGGAUGAGGUCAGGUUAGGGUGUAGUCAAAGGGAAUAUAAUUACAAGAUCUGUUCCUUUUCAAUUUAAUAGUUUAGUGCAAAUGAUCCAUGCAUGCCAUUUUUGUGUGGCUUGCUUAAUGAAUUCAGCUCUUUUAUGGUGCAAAAGUUUUGAGCUGAAAGGAAAAAUAUAAUAAAUGGAAGUUGAUUUGGUAUUAUGAGCUGGAACUACAGCAUAACUUCUGCUACAUUUGAUUUGAAUAACUUUUGAAUGUUUAAAAUGUAUUCAGAUUCACUGAAAAUUCUUAAUUUGCACCUUAUCUUGGGAUAGAAGAGUGACUUACCUCCAAUGGAAUAUUUAAGAUGCUUCAUUUUCUUUCUGUUCUUAAAGUAUCUUCAUAAAUUCUUAUCCCAUAAUUUUUUUUGGUUGGCUCUGGUAUGCAGCUUGCUCUCUACCUUAAAAGGCAAGGCUUAACAAAGGGAGACACCUGUGUAUGAUGUAGUUUAUGAUAAGCUACCAAGUACCGCAUGACCGUACUUCACUGCCAAUUUGUGGGAGUCUGCAGAAUCUGAGGGGGAAUUUUAGUAAGGCAGCCUUUCCUAAUAGUAUUCCCUCAAUAAAACUCAGAAUUGCAGAUGAGCACAAUUUGUUUCCUGUAAUUAGGACACUGGGUCUUUUGAAACCCAGCUUGUUUUAUCAUGCUGUUUGGAAUUAGCUGAGGUAGUUGUGCCUGACCUUUGAGAGUUCCACUCUGGGCGUGGGAGAGUAGUGUAGUCUCUAUGCCGAUUUAAUCCUGAGCUUCCAGACUGCUUGUGCAAAGAGGGAUGUUAAUUGUUGCGGAGAUGCACAAUGUGGAUUCCUUGACACAAGGAGCUGGACUGAGACCAUUUACCCACUUCAGAUAAGUUGAUGAGUGGUAGCUACCUUUGGUCACUAUGCACACAGGCUGGAUGUGCAGCAGGAGCUAGAAAUGAAAGGCUCUGUUUCUUUUCCUUGGAACCCCCUGCCCCCUUCCACCACCUUGCAGGAUUAAUGUUCUGUUUGUAGCAGCAUCUGGUCAAUAAUUGCAUUGCUCUAGUCAAGCACAGGACCAUCUUGUAGCUGUAAUGUUUUCUUGGAAAAUGUAGAACAGGUGAAUAACAAGAUUGAGUUAAGACCAUAAAACCAUCUUCCAGGGACGUAUCCUGACAUUUCUUUGGCAGAUAGCAGACUUGUGCAGAUUCAGCGGAGUUCUGCUGCUGACAAUGUGAGAAGCCUUAUUUGUUAUAUAAUGUGGGCUGUAAGCUUUGCCAGGGAUCAUCAUCACAUGCAUGAAAUUAACAAUUAGUGUCAGAAAAUUGCAAGCCAGUGUCAUGGUUGCUUGCCAUACAAGAUGCUGGAUUAAGCAGAAGCUGCUGCACUCUUUCAGACCUUGGCAUAGGAGAAGUAAAAUUGUAGGGCAAUUUCUAGGAGAAGAGCACAGCAGUUAGAAAUAGUAUCCUCCUCAAGGCCUGCUGCUUUUAUACCUUCAAAAUGUCUGCAACUUGAUUUUCAUCAGUCUGAAGCAAUAGUGUUAAUAUGUCUCCUGAGACACUGGAAGAGGGGCUAGAAGGCAUUCGUUACAGACCAAGAGGAUGAGCAUCUGGACAUCAUUCAUUCCACUUAUAAAGGCAGUGGUUAGGAAGGAGGCAUGCUGCCUGUCUGAGCAAGUGCUGGAAAUAACAUAGUCUCCCUUAGCUGUGUCGAUGUCGUUAGCCAAGGCAGGAAUUAUCUGGAGUGGGAAGAAAUUCAUUCUCCAAUGAGAGAGAGGGAGAUAAGGGGGAUAGGUAGAGCAAGUCUGAAAUUUUGGAAAACCAUGAUUUGUCAAGACCAUCUCCUUUCAUACAUCUUCCUCUUCAGCCAACUGCAGUGUGGAUUAAGACAUGGCCACUGUUUGAGCUGCAGGGGCGUUGGUACGAGAGAGCAACUGUGCCCUAACCUGAAGCACAAUAUCACUAUUGCCCCAUCUCCAUGAGUGGAAUAUAAGUUACUUAUUGUGGUGGUUGCUGUUACCACUCCCCUCCUCCCCCACCUCACCCCCAGUAUAAUACGUUCUAUAGGAGCUGGCAGAUUAAGGUGAGGUGCAUUUUUACUAUUGUCUACAGGUGAAAGGCUCUGGCUCUGCAUCUUGGUUUAAAGGAAUAUUUAAUAAUUAUCAGCGUUUGCAGAGCUUUUAACCUUCAGAAUGCUUGCGCAACAUUAACUACAUCCUCCCAGCACCCCUGCGAGGCGGGGGAAAGGGGAAAGGAAGCACAGCACAGGAGGUAACUGAUUUGCACAAGGCCACAGAGGGAAUUGGGAAUCCAAAAUAGUUAGUCACAGCUUUUUUUAUCCUUUUAAAAACACUGUAAGCUCCUACAGUCUAGAAGCUGUUAAGGUUUUGGAAAUCAGAAUGCAGUAGCAGAUGAAGACUCCCUCUUGUGGCUGCUUUAAGCACCGCUAGGACACCUGAGUGAAGUUUUUCCAGGGUGGCAAUCCCAAGGCUAAAUAAUGUUACUGGUAAAGGGAAAUCAGACUCAGCACUUGUCUUCAUGACAAUUAUAACUCAGGUGUUGCCCCUACCUUGACUCCUGUCCACACACAAGAACCCUUUCAUCUCAAGUUGGUUAGCUUGUCAGGGAUGUAGGCUAGAGCUUGAGUUACCACAGUUUGCUGGCUGCUUACAUGACUACUCUGCGGUGUGGACACGGGUUGCCCCUCCAUGCCUUUCCAUACUACCCCUGUUUGCUGAGAAAAUGCAGACAAGUUCUCCCAGUUCCCUGGGAAAGAAUUCAUAGACCAGCUUAGUGCAGUGCAAAGAACCAUAGGCUGUUUUCCCCAGAAGUCAGUCCCACACAUGAGUGAAUUUGGCUCCAGUGGGCGGCUCUCUCAAACUAGGCCAACUGGAGUGUAGAUAGUGCCCUUGAGCUCUCCCCACAUGGCUAAUGGCUGCUCUGGCCUGCAUUAGGGCUGGAGCAGAGAAUCAGGGAAUGCACCCAGCUGACCCAGUGGAGGGUCUGGCCCUAAGAGGAAACCAGAGAGCAUUUAAUGAAAUAAAAGUGAGCAAGAGCCUCUGUCCCUUCUCCUUUUCCACUCCCCUAAGUAUCUCGUAAGUGUUGCUUGGAGCUGUACGUUUGAAAGAGCCUUUCACAUCUGUAGUUGUUCGCGGAACAUCCCCCAGCGAAGGGAUUCCAAAGCUGCAUGUUUGUGUGCUCUUGCCUCGGUUGGCCAACUGAAAUGAUUGAAGUUAAUUUUUCAUUCAUCCAGCCGCAGCAAUCUUCAACUGCCAUUCGCUGCGGCGGGGCUCAAGUUAAUUGCCUCCACAGACUCCUUGAGAGGCGGGAAAUGAGUACAGUGAGCAGCAAGGUCUUGCCUGGUGCUCUGCUAAGACCAUUUGGGGCCCAUUUCUGGCACUGUGAAUGACAAUACAGGAGAAAGGGAGAUUUAUAAAAGAGCUAAGGCUCCAACUCUCAUUGUUUCUGAGAUUUUGCUCCAGUGUGGAUCAAUCAGGGAUUUUAAAGCAUUGCCGCCCUUAAUUUUUGAAAGCAGAAUUUAUGGCUGCUCUGAUGGCCAUGAGGCUGAUUCAUCUAUUUAUCAGUAGUGUAGCUUUUUUCCUCCGUGCAGACAGGAGCUACCAUUUAACGGCCCCGUUGAGUCCUCCUUACUCACUCAGACAAAGCUCUGUCUGACCUCUGUCCUGCUGUCAGUAACUUCUGAUUUCUGGCUGUGCAGGGGACAGCAGGGUUUAGCCCAAGUUUUGUGUGUUUGAGGAUUGAAUAGAGCCUUACAUUGGUAUCAAAUCAGUUCUAAACACACACACGCUUUAGCCUCCUAAAGUGCGAGCACUCCCGCCAGAGCUCCUGGGGGACACAGCCAGGUGUGGCCCUACUUGGCUUUCGUUUUCAGGAAGCCACUGACAGGCAGGCCUGACCUUGGCAAUGUGCACGCAGCAGGGGACGGUGUCUGCCCCAAGGUGCAAUCUCAGGGCUCGUGGCAAGCCUGCGCUCCAGGCUAAACAGAGGAAGGUGAGGGUCAGCGGCGGUGAGCUCUGCCCAAGUCUCAGGAAGCACAUUUUGGCGAAGGAAAGGAAUACAAUGCAAGCAGGGAGGGAGGCUCAGCUCCGAUCCAGGUCCCUCUAAGUAGCACUUGGCUCCUGACAGCCAAGGAGCCGAUAUGAUCGUUUGCUGGGUUAUUCAUUGUCUCAGGCAUCCCUGGGUUUGCUUUCUACCUUCAGCUCAGCAUGUUGCAGAGCAGCAAACAGAGACGAGCAGGGGCAGUGUAGCUCAAUGGAUAGAGCUAAGAGACCUGACUUCCCUUUCCAGCCUCUGCCAGUGACUUGCUUUGUGGCACUGGGAGAGUCAUUGCCCUUCUGUGCCUCAGUUUCCCCCUUGUUAAAUAUUGUCAGUGCUACAUCCCCCACCCCAUACAGCCCUCCCAGAAUCCUAAUAUAGACAGAGGUGAGCCUUUGUAAUGUUUAUCUGUUUUGAUCUUAGAAACAACUGCACCCUGGAGGGGUCGAAGCCUGAGUCCUGGCCAUGCACUUACCCACAAUCCUAAAACAGUUUCAGCCUAACCUGUCCCAAGCAGAAGCACUUCUUGUUCUCCAUGCCCUGCCACCCUGAAUGGUAGGAGCUGUGUCCAGAGACGGUGCGAGUAGAGCGGGCCAAUGAGAAAUGACACAUGAUGAUCCCCUCCAUCUAUGACAGGGUCCCUCCAGCCAUGGCACUCCUUGAGCAAAUUUCCCAGCUGCCUCCACACAGCUCUGGCGAGCCCCAGGCAGACAGAGAGCCCAGGAAGGAAGGCAGCUAGAGAUCUUAAUGUCCGAGAGUAUGCGCAUGGGAAUAAAGGAUGGUGCUCUGGCCAGGAAGUGAGUAUGCGCAUGGGAAUAGAGGAUGGUGCUGUGGCCAGGAAGUGGUGUGGUUUGGGUCUCCAGAGAGUGCUACACUGAAGCCAUAAACCUAAAAUCACUGCUGUCUGUGUCUAGCCAGCAAAGGCAAUCCUGCAUUUGGAGCCGCUCGAUGAGUCUCAGCUCAUGCUGGAGACACUGUUUAGUAUGAGGUGCAGGGCACCAAAGGGCUAUGGAGUCAGUUAACAGAAGUGAAAGUCCCUAAAGGCCAAUGUACAGCCUGUGCGAAGUGCUUGGCUUGCAAACGGCUCUGCUCUCCUAUUAUCACUUGGACAGAGUCUUUGGUGCUGCUAGGAAUGAGUGAAACCAGUUGUGGGAUUUUUGUGAUCAAUCUAUGACAUAAUCUGAGUUUGGAACAAGGCAGCGUUGGCUUCUAAAUUCCAUCUGAGAAGCUUUGGAAGAUUUAAUACUCUAGCUAAUUAAUCAAAAUAAAAUGAUGAGAUGGUGAUGCAGUCUACAUGAUUAACAGUUAGUUAUUAAAUGGAGACUGAUGAUUCUCACAUACUUUCUGCUAUGAAAGAAACCAGACCAAUUCUAGCAAAGCCAGCAGUUUUCAUUUAGGAAGAGGGUUUGGUAAAGGGAUACUGGCAGUUUAAAAAUAAUAUUUUUAACAAAACAGUUAUUCCUCCUGGUGUUGUUAAUAAUACAUUAAACAGUUAAAAUGACAGGAUUUUAAAAAUACUCCCUUUUAAUCUUUUAUGCUGCAUGGUUACUUUUAAGCACUUCUGAUAGCUUGGGCAAUAAAAGUAGAAUUUCACUUUUGUUUAUAGUCAAUUUCACUUAGUGGUGCAAGUGUUAUUUAGCACAAUGCUGUAAUGUUUGGGUUGCACCUGUUGCCGAAGGAUAAUUUAAGUAUAAAAAAAUCAUGGAAGUGAUUUUGUGGAGACUAUUUCUACAAAUGCUACAUUUGAGUCUAAACUUCAUUGUUGCCUCUUUACCUACUGUUUGCUUUAUUUGUGUCAUGGCUUUAUUUGCUGUCCACUUUAGCAUUCUUUUAAUAUUUUCUACUUCUUUUAUUGGUGGUGGUAUUAUUGGUUUGUUUGUUGAAAGAUUGAUGUUGCAUGGAACAAUGAAUCCAUAUUUUCUCACUCAGUGUUCGUAUCCAUGCCUACCAUGUCAGUGUGUACCUGGCUACCUAUCCCUCACUCUGUUAUUAGCUCAGUUCCUCAGAUUGAUUUGCAAAAGUUGUAAAAUGACCAACAACAGAAAGAGUGUACAUAUCCUUUGUCAUGCAAGGUAAUCGCUAAUGCUGUACUGAACUGAUACUGUAGUUGCAGGACUGGGCGAGUGGUUGUGAGAUUACGGCGAGUGGGAGUCAGGAGACCUGGAGCUAUCUACAGUCAUUGUCUGACUUUAAGUGGGUCACUUAGGACAUGCCUGACUUACUUCAACCGCUCUCCAUUUUAGAGGGUACAGUAACAUUAAAUCCCUGUGUGCAGGUGCAGUCAGGUAAUUUACUAUCUGCUUGGUAGCUUUGGAAUCCACAAUUUGCAGGUUCAAAAUUGUACCCACCAAAAUGGAGACUGCUUCUCAAAAUCAGCCCCUUACUCUCUCCAGCCCUCAAUUUCUUAAUCUGUAAAACGGGGAUGAUGAUGCCAAGGGGUGCAGUGAGGUUAAAUGAUUUGUUUCCAAAGCACAUUGAUUUCCUUGGGUAGAAGGCUUUGUGGAUCUAUUCAGUGCCCCUGGAGUCAAUGUGCAUUGGGUCACGCACUAUAAAAGUGCCAAGUGUUGUUGUUACAGAAGUGUCAAAUACGGUCAGUUAUAUAUAAUGUAUGAAACUGUAAGAGGUGGAGAGGGAAAUUAAUAGGCAUAGGAAAGGAAGAAAAGAGGAUUGGGAGCCACAUUUCAAACAAGCUGGCAAGCUGAUGAAGGCUCUGAAUGUCUCUCUCUCUCUCUCAUGAGAGUCAGAAGCAGCAGUGUGCCUUGCUGUCUGCUCCAGAGCUCAGCCUUGGAGCAUCACCCAGCCCUGGCAGGGUAGCUUUCCACCAGGAUACGUGGAAAGGAAAUACCAAGACCCCUUGUGUGCUGGUGAAGCCCUGGUGAACUACUGGCUAAUGGGCUUUUUGGGCUCACCCCAUUUGCAAGUAGACUUUGAUGGAGGGAGGAGAUGUGUGUGGCUGGGUCAUUAUGUGGCAGGCAAACUAUUCUAGGAACAAAAAUGAAUCAAAGUGAUUCCCCCCCCCCCACUUCGCCUGCAAGAAAACCUUUUUCCAUUUACUAUAAAACGUGUUCCUUAAUAGUGCUGAAGUGUUCUAUGUAUUUUAAAUAAACAAGAGUGGAUUUGAGUCCAGGAGGACAUGAAAGAAUGCAGCGUUUGCUGGGGUACUGGCCCAGCACACAUGUCAGCAAUUUGUCUGCCUUGUAUAUUUUGGCUUUUAAAAAAGCAUUUAAAAGUAAACGAAUGAAGGAAAAUCUGGCAGCUGGAUUUCAAAGUAAAUUGCUUUCAGCUGAUAUACCCCAUUUUCAGCCUGCUUGGGUAGUAUCAAGCCGUAUCCAUCCAAGAAGGAGAGCAAAAAAUUGAAGACCAGAGAAGGGGCAAGAGGGGGAACAAAGGCUGGGAAGUUCUGUGGGUGUAAUUCUUCCAUUUCCUUCCUUUGUACCAAACACUCCCUGCCCGUCACAAAGCUGCUUAUGCUUGGGGGGGGGGGGGCAAGUUGUUGAUUGCUCCGCCUUUCUUUAGCCUCUUUUGUACAUGAUGCUCUCUUCCUCCUUUAGGAUUAGCUCCCUUCUCAGCCAUCAGGAAUGGAGAGGCAGGAUCUGUGGGUAAUUGUGGCUCUGGACCCAGUGUCACAAAGCUCCAGCCAUUCCUCUGAUUUAUCUUUACAGGGGCACAUGUCCCUACAAACUGUCCCCCUGCCUCUCAGGGUGCCACUCUGGUGACUGGCUCCACAGUUUAGCACCUUCUGUUUCCCGAGAUAGCAGGGAGACUGGUGUUUUGACUCUGAAUCGGUAAGCGGCAGAGAGGGCUUGACGUAGGACACUGUAUAAGGACAUUGGUAGAGGAUACUGCCUAAACUGCCUUUGUUGCUACUCUUCUGCUACCUACGAAGGGCCUGAUCCUGUGUUUGAAGUCAGUGGCGGUUUGGCGUGAGUAAGAACUAGAGGAGUUGGCCCAAAGAGAAGGUCUCCAGGAGAUUAGCUAACUGGGUAGUGGUAGUUAAUGUUCACAUGGCUGGGUUUGCUGGGGUAAAAUUCUAGCUCAACCUGUUUAAUCUCCGGGA